GUUGGGACCUGGGAAAGAAAAUUACCCCGCAGAGGUAACGAGGUGGAGAAAAACAGAAGGAAGAAGAACACGUUACAAACCAUGGGAGUGUGCGGGGUUGCUGUUUAGUCGUCUACAAUGCAAGCGGACGUGCUUUCACCGUGAAUUCAUACAAGGAGGUUUCUGUGUGGUAGUGUAACCUUCCCUCUCCCCCAUCAUGCUGAGUUUCCUGCGCAGGACGCUGGGGCGACGCUCCAUCCGGAAACAUGCAGAGAAAACCCGGUUAAGGGAGGCCCAGCGUGCCACGACACACAUCCCUGCUGCUGGGGACGCAAAGUCUAUCAUCACCUGCCGCGUUUCCUUACUGGACGGGACGGACGUCAGUGUCGACUUGCCGAAAAAAGCCAAAGGUGAGGAGCUGUUUGACCAGAUCAUGUACCAUCUGGACAUCGUAGAGAAAGAUUACUUCGGACUGCGCUUCAUGGACUCGGCGCAAGUGCCGCACUGGCUCGAUGUUACAAAAAGUAUCAAAAAGCAAGUAAAAAUUGGUCCACCAUACUGCCUUCACAUGAGAGUAAAGUUUUACUCGUCAGAACCGAACAACCUGCACGAGGAGCUCACCAGAUAUCUAUUUGUGUUACAGUUAAAGCAAGACAUCCUCAGUGGCAAGUUAGAGUGUCCAUUUGACACAGCGGUGGAGUUGGCUGCCUUUUCGCUACAGGCUGAGCUUGGUGAUUGUGACCCAUUAGACCACAGUCUGGACCUGGUAACAGAAUUUCGCUUCAUCCCCAACCAGACAGAGGAGGUGGAGCUGGCGAUAUACAACGCAUGGAAGGAGUGCAGAGGUCAGACACCCGCCCAAGCUGAAAUUAACUACCUAAAUAAAGCAAAGUGGCUUGAAAUGUAUGGGGUGGACAUGCAUAUGGUCAAGGCAAGAGAUGGUAACGAAUACAGUCUGGGUUUGACACCGACUGGAGUUCUGGUGUUCGAAGGACAAACCAAGAUUGGGCUCUUCUUCUGGCCCAAGAUCACUUGUCUGGAUUUCAAGAAGAGCAAACUGACACUUGUGGUAGUGGAGGAUGAUGAACAGGGCAAAGAACAGGAGCACACCUUUGUGUUCAGGAUGGACCACCCCAAGGCCUGCAAGCACCUCUGGAAGUGUGCUGUGGAACACCAUGCUUUCUUUAGGCUGAGAGGACCGGUAGAGAAGAACUCUUCUCGCUCUGGAUUCAUACGCAUGGGAUCACGCUUCAGAUACAGUGGAAAGACAGAGUAUCAGACAACCAAGGCCAAUAAAGCAAGGAGGUCAGCCUCCUUUGAGAGAAGGCCCAGUCGACGUUACUCCAGAAGAACCAUGCAGAACAGAGGACACUUACAUCCUCAGGAGGUUCUUUCCUCAGGCAAUGGAGUCAGCUCCAGCAAAGACAACAAGGUUUCCUCCAGUAGAGGUACCUGGACAGCCUUGCCUGUGGUCAGCCCAGUAGCUGCUUCUGCCUGUGGACCAAUGGAAAUCGAGGCUCUACCCAGGAGUCCUGGCGGAGAAAAGAGGAGCCUGCCUGUGGUUGCUGACCUGAUGGAGACGUGCAUUGAUGAUGUCCUCAGGGCUCCUGUCGUUCCCACAGUCACGGCUACAGACGAGGCCGGACCCAGCAACGCAUACGCCAGCCCCAGUGUCAGCGGAGAGGACCCUCUCAGCCUCAGUGAAGCAGCAGCUCGUCUGAAGCAGCUGGCGUUGGACAACAGUCCGCUUCUUGCUACUCCAAGAAAUAACCUCAAUGUCAAUAUGGCCAUGAACAAUCAGGAGGACGUGGUGAAGCUCACAGAGAAGUGUGGUCUGAGCAGUACAGGCAGUAGUAGCCCAGUUGUCACUCCACUGCGCACCCCAGAGGAUCUGAAGAGUAACAUCCUGAAAGCGCAGGCUGAGGCUGCUGCCCUAAAGGGACCUUUGGAGGAACAUGUCCUAAUGGUUGGAGAUAAAAACUGUAACUUGCAGGAAGCUUCUGCCAGGUUAAAGGCUCGUACUGGGCGAAUGGGCAGUAACUCGUCUCUGUCCGUUAGCAGUCGCCCUGACAUCCAGGAGUCCUGGGACCUGCUCAAGCCCGCCUCACUGGUCUCAUCAGCAGGGGCCAGCGCCGAGAGGCUGGCGGAAGAUUUAAACCCCUCAGUUCCCAAGAUGUCCUCUGAGACUGCUGGCGAAGGCAUGCCACCAAAGGUUAAAUCAGAGGAAGCUGACCUGCAAAACAUCGUCCCGCUGUCUGACAACCUGAUCGAUUUCACAGAUCCAACUCCUGUUCUACCACCUGUGCAGCAGCCCAAACCUGUCAUCACACCUCGCUGGAUCAUUCCUACAUCUGCUCCUCCUGGCGUCUUUACUAACGGCCUGCUCGACCUUGACCCCCCUGCUAAGGUCAACCCUGUCCUCCCUGCAGAUGGGGGGGCAGCUCUCACCCCAGCCCUCCCCCACCUCGCUCACACACGUAACACCACCGCCAGCACUGUGGCUCAGCAGCCAGCCUCGGAAGAUGGAGCCAAACCCAGAGGUCUCCUGACCACUGAGCUCUGAUGGAGAAAUGAGGAGCAGCCAUCACAGCAUUAGUCUCCCUGACUGCUUUCCCCCCUCACCCCCUCACCCAUUCACAUACAAGCAAGCUGGUCCAGGUGUGCUGAACACUGAGGGCUAAGAGGAAAGUGGAACCCGGGAAGAGGCAGCUUACACAGCACCACAUACACACAAACAGGUUGAACUACACAGGAAAAUAAUAGAAAUAUGAUACAGACACAGCCUAGUUUUUGUAAAACAGUUAGCACCAGUAUUAACAUAUUUAGGAGCACCUAACUUCCUGUUUUAGUUUACUGUCAGUCACCUGCCAUUCAUGUAAUCCAUCCAGUCAACCAAACCUCGGUCUGUAAUAUCUGCACCACCUCCUUGUACAUGGCAAGUGAUAAAAAGUCUCAUUAUUCAACUUGUUUGCUGCAGAGGUGAAGUUGGGGCUGACACACUAAAAUCUCACGACACUGUAAGGUACGUUGCAUAUGAGCAUCCACCACUGACUUGUGACUUGAAAGGGUAGGUUGUCUUUUUUUAGUGCUGCUUUCCUCUCUUCUUUUUUAUUCUUGCUGUCUCACUGGUAAUUCACACCACUGGAUCCCUGCGACUCUGAGCUUCUCUGUACACACAGAUCACGCAGCAUGUCGAGCUGCUGAAGUACACUGGAUGAAGGACUGAAAGGAAAAUCUAUAAACAAAGACAGAUAAAAGAAAGACUUAAAGGGACUUAAAAUGUUGAUUCCAAGAGAUAAAAACACCUGGACUCUUAACACGAUGAAACGCGGACAUGGCUCUGUACUGUCCUUGUAGCACACUACAAACCUUUUUUUAAACUCUAAAUACUGCUCGUGAAGCUCGACUGGCAGCCACUGGAAAUGAAAACGCUGGAUUAUCUUUGCAACACUGGACCUUGAAAGAAUCUUUUCCAGUGAAUGACCGUAGACGUGGUUUUUCAACUGAUGUUUUUAUUGUCCUGCUCUUUUUGUGAUGUUUUGCCCGUCUCAGUACUUUUGAAUUGACACAUUUUGGUACCAGCAUCAUUUGGGGUUGAACAUCACUAAUGGCAGUUAGUUGUGUCUCUUUUUGUACCCUCUAUGUUCUGCCCCUCUGGAAACUCUUACCACGGAAGUAUGAAGUUUUAACAUUUUGUCUAAAACGUGAUCCUCACUUGAAGUCACUGUUUCCAUCUGUGACAGUUUUUUUUAUUUACGUUCAUUUUAACUUCUAAAUUGGUGAUGUAAUUGUGAAAGGGAACACUUUGUUAGUGAGCUGGAGGUGAACACUCGUUCCAGUUUUUGGAUCACCUCCCUGGAUAUCUGUAAUUUGACCCCAUUACAGCACAUGGCUCCUGGUAUUAACAUGUUGUAGUGACUACCCUGCCUUAUGGAAAUGAAUGUAUUCAAAUAGUCUCAUCUGAGAAUGCUUGAGAUGCCUCAGUAUGAAAACAUCCCUGACAAAUCCCUGUGAAAUAUCUUAAAAGCUGAUUUUGUACAUGUAAAACUGAGGCCUAAUUCUAACUUUUCUGAGUUGUUAAUGAAGUAUAUCACCUUUUUUUUUUAAGUCUGGACCCUUACACGAGUUCUCACACUACACAUCUGUAGUUUUUUAUGUUGUUGAUUUCAUUAUCUGUCUUGAACAAGGGAAGCUGACUGUUUUACAAUGUCUUCUUAGCAGUGACGGUUAUUUAUGCUACUACUCAGUGUAAUGUUCAAAUGUGACAUGUUGUCCAAAAGUGUCGUAGCGUACAGUUAUAAUGUGUUGUCAGUAUAAUGGCAUCAGCUGCCUGUAGAUAUGAAGUAGAUUUAUGUAUAUUUUUUGAAAGGUACGUUGGCAGUAUUGUUACUACACUCUGAGGAGAUUUCAGCAUUGAGGUGUUUUGUAAUUACAAACGAAGUAAGGAACGUGUUACUGAUCAAACUGGAAAAACACAGAUUGUCACGUCUCAAAUGCAAUUUUAUAUAAACUUUUAUUUUUUCCUGGAAAACCUGAUCAUGAUUCAGUAAAGCUUUGCUACAGUAGGA